GCACCUGUUUGGCAUUUCUCAAGUCUUCUCAUUUUUGGCCAAACCUCAGAGACUUCACUACCCUAAACGAAACUUCCCCAUUUCCCUCUCAUGGUCAUCUCUCUCAGAUUAAGCAAAAACCCAUUAAUUGAUUAAGGUGCAUAAAGGAGUGAUCUUUGUGGAGAGUGGCGGUGGAAAUGGCGAGUGUGAUUGAUGCGGCGGGAGAACCGAUCCCGACAUCGUCGGUGCUGAUGUCAGCUGCUAAGCACAUUGAGAUUAAAUGUAGGCCGGAAAAUGUGGAGUUUCUUAAGUGCAAGAAGAAAGAUCCGAACCCUGAGAAAUGUCUCGAUAAGGGCCGCCAAGCUACUCGCUGUGCCCUUGGCGUGCUAAAAGAUCUUUAUCACAGAUGCAAAGACCCCAUGGAAGCAUAUGUUGGAUGUAUGUAUUACCACACGAAUGAGUUUGAUUUAUGUCGCAAAGAGCAGAAAGCGUUUGAGAAAGAAUGCCCGUUGGGGUGACCGGCAAGCAAACAACAUUUCAAGUUCCAUGCUUAAAAUAAGUUAGGUCAGUUUGCAAUUAGCAAAAACUGUUGAUGCGUACACUCAUAGUCCUGCCUUCUAUGUGAUAAGCAUUCCCUUCUUUUUGUAUGGUUAAAGAUUGUUCUUGGGAUUUUUUUUUUCAACCGAAAAUGAUUCCGCUCCCAUUUUUUAACAUAAUUUAUGAUGAUGAUGAGUGAUUCAUUCAUGAUAUUUUUCUUUGGAAAUGCGCCUUCUCAAAUGAUUUUCCUUUAAUGCCUAUUCAAAAGUGAAAAGAAGCUAUAAAACAGAUUUGACAUGGGGGCCGUAAUUGGAAAAAGUGCUUCAUUGGCAAUACGGGCUCCUAAGCUAAGUUAAUAUAGUAAAAAAUUUGAGUUUGAGUUUAAUUCUAAAAUUUAUUGUUUGAACUCGGCUUGAGCUCCGCAAGUGUUAAUUUUUAAAUUUGAAUUCAAUUCGAAAUAAAAAUUGAAUUAUUUGAAUUUGCUUCAUUAAACUCGAACAAUAAAAAUGAGUAUGAUUUUCAUAUUUAAUUUCAAGUUCAAUUAUGUGUUCACACUCUAAUUCAAACUUGAAUUGAUAUAUAUAAGACUAA